ACGUCUCGGCGGUGUAGUUCCGAAAGAAUGGCCUUGAAAUAACUUCUUGGUAAAGCAUUCAUGGAACUUCCAAACCGCGCUCGCCCAUCGGAUGGCUUUUGGAUCCGAGAAAACUAUGCAGGACUUUCCAGCCAAAAUGAAGUUCAAUCCCUUUGUGACUUCUGACCGGAGCAAAAACCGCAAAAGGCAUUUCAAUGCACCUUCCCACAUUCGCAGGAAGAUUAUGUCUUCCCCUCUUUCCAAGGAGCUGAGACAGAAAUACAAUGUUCGGUCCAUGCCCAUCCGAAAGGAUGAUGAAGUUCAGGUUGUGCGAGGACACUACAAAGGUCAGCAAAUUGGCAAAGUAGUGCAGGUUUAUAGGAAGAAAUACGUCAUCUACAUUGAACGGGUGCAGCGAGAUAAAGCUAAUGGCACAACUGUCCACGUGGGCAUUCACCCCAGCAAGGUGGUUAUCACUAGACUCAAACUGGACAAAGACCGCAAAAAGAUCCUCGAACGUAAAGCCAAAUCUCGUCAAGUAGGAAAGGAAAAGGGCAAAUACAAGGAAGAAACAAUUGAGAAGAUGCAGGAGUGAAAUAAUCUUACCUACAACUUCCAUUAAAAACUGCAGAAACGAA